AGUCAAAAAUAAGAGAGAUAAUCAGAAACAGGGUAGUUAGCAAUGAAAGCCCAAACAAUCUUCGUUUGCCUUGCUUUUGCUAUCCUCUUCUCUGGGGUUGAAUCAGCGACAUUCACGAUCACAAACAAGUGUCCCUUCACCAUCUGGCCAGGAAUUCUAACCGGUAAUGGCAUGCCUCAAUUAUCAUCGACAGGUUUUGAGUUAGCCACUGGGGCUACACAAACCGUGGAUGCUUCCCCCGGGUGGUCAGGUCGCUUUUGGGCACGUACAGAUUGUUCCAAUGACGCCACCGGAAGGUUCACAUGCGCCACCGCCGACUGCGGUUCCGGUCAGGUUACAUGCAACGGUGCUGGUGCAAUUCCACCGGCGAGCCUGGUGGAAUUGACUAUAGCGCAGAACGGCGGACAAGAUUUCUACGACAUCAGCCUCGUCGACGGUUUCAACUUGCCGGUUUCUUUGGCCCCACAGGGCGGAACGGGAGAUUGCAAGACGACAAGUUGUCCUGGGAAUGUGAACAGUGUUUGCCCGCCAGAGCUGGCUGUGAAAGCGGCGGAUGGGCGUGUGAUCGCGUGUAAGAGUGCGUGUUUAGCACUUAACCAGCCACUGUACUGCUGCACUGGAAAUUUUGAUAGACCAGAGACUUGCCCGCCGACAGACUACUCUAAGAUCUUUAAAAAUCAGUGCCCUCAGGCUUAUAGUUACGCUUAUGAUGAUAAAACUAGCACUUUUACGUGCUUCAGUGGACCUAAUUACCUUAUCACAUUUUGCCCGUGAAAAGGAGAGAGAGAAGAAAAAAAACUCAAAAUAGUAUUUUAAAUAUUAAUUACUAUACAGGUGCAUCAUAUUAUUAUUAUUAUUAUUAUUCUUUUCA